GGGGGGGGGGGAGGGAGCCGCCCCGGUCCCUCGGGGGGGGGGGGUUUUGGGUGGGGAGCCGCCCGGGUCCCCACCCCCGGCGCCCGGGUCCCUCCCAGCCGCCGUCCAGUUCGGCGCCGCUUUCGGUUUCGGCGGCGGCUCCGCCGCAGCCCCGGGGGGUCCCGGGGGGGUCCCGGCUCCUCGCUCUCCCCUCCCCUCCCCUCCGCCGGCCCCGCCAUGGACCCCGACCCCCCCGGUUCCGCACUGCUCCCCCACCACCUACCGCAACGUGCCUGGACCCCCAUGGGACCCCCAAUCCCCCCCACCCCCCCGGUACCCCCCCAGGUUCCCCUCCUGCCUCCUGGCCGUGCCCCCCCCGGCGGCUGUUGUUCCUUCGACUUCAACCCCGUCAGCAGCACCUUCAGCACUCACGUGGAAGCCCUGACCCCCUGGUUGGUCCUGGACUACCCCGUGGCGAUGCCCAGCAACCUGGAGACAGACAGCCACUGCACCCACCUCUGGGGGCUGCUUGGGGCGGUGGCACUGGGGCGCAUGGUGGGGGUGGCGGGGGAGGCGCUGGCCCCCCGGCUCCAGGCAGUCGCUGCCCACGUCGCCUUCGUGGCCGAGUGCAGCAUCCAUGACCCCGAGGGUUGCGUCCGGCUAGAGACGGUGAACGUGUCGCAGCUGCUGGGAGCCCUCGUGCAGCACCUGGGGGGGCUGCGGGGGCGACCCCCCAACUUCCUCGGCUGCGCCCGCCUGCGCUGCCGCCCAGGUACCCCCCCCACCCCAGGUACCCCCCCCACCCCAGGGACACCACACACACACCACCCCCCCCCCCCCCGCAGCACCCCUCGGGAUCCCUGUAAUCCCCGUCUGCCCCCAGGCCCCUCGCUGACCCCCCCGGCGGUGCAGGACAGGAGGACCCUGGGGUCGCAGCUGGGCCCCCCCAGCCCCGGCAUCCAUGGGUUGGUGCUGCUGGGGGGGCUGGUGGGGGCCCUGGCCCUGGCGGCAGCGGGAUGGGCCCUGUGGAGGUGGCCCUGUGCCCAGCCUUCGCAGGGGACCCCAACAUCCGAGCAGGAUGGGACCUGAGCGGGCGGGCGGGGAGCCAGGGAUGGACUCAGGCCGGCCACAGGAUCGGGGCCGCGGGAGAGAUGGAGACCCCCCAGAUGCCCCCCGGAGGCAUGGAGGGACCUGGGGGGCGCGGGAGGGCCCCUGCGGGGGCUGUGACGGAACCCCCCAGAGCCAUGGAGAGACUGGGGGGGCCCGGCCCCCCGCGGCCCCCCCGCUGGGCCCAUAAAGUUGAUGUUGAGA